UGGAGCACUGGCGGAGGCUGGAGCUUGGCAGUCGCAGGGAUGAACUCUGGGAAGGACACCGGGCCGAGAAUGCUGGGGAGGGACCCGGAGCUCCAGUUCUGGAGGCUGGGAAGUCCAAGACCAAGAAGCCAGGAGAUUCAGUGUCUGGUUACCACCAAGGAACAUGAUUUUGGUCUAGGGGCUCCAGGUUCUGAAGCUGAAAAAUACCAGAAGACUAUCCAGCUAGAACAAGAAGUGAGAAACCAAGACAGACUCGUCACUACACUGAAAUUACAGAUUGAAGAUCUCAAACAGACAAAUCAUGGCUUGGAAGAAUAUGUUAGGAAACUCUUGGAUAGUAAGGAGGUGGUAAGCAGUCAAGUAGAUGAUUUAACCAGCCACAAUGAGCAUCUUUGUAAAGAAUUAAUUAAAAUUGACCAACUAGCAGAGCAACUAGAAAAAGAGAAAAAUUUUGUGGUGGAUACCGCUGACAAGGAACUUAAAGAAACAAAGAUUGAACUCAUUUGCCAGCAAAAUAAUAUUGCUAUAUUGGAAGAUACAAUAAAAAGGCUUAGAUCUAUAAUUUUAGAGACUGAAAAAGCACAAAAUAAAUCUCCUUCUAGACUCGAUUCCUUUGUCAAGACUUUAGAAGCAGACAGAGAUUACUAUAAGUGUGAAGCUCAAAAUUUAAGAAAGAUGAUGAGAAGUAGAUCUAAAAGUCCAAGACGCCCAUCUCCAACUCUCCGGGGUGCAAACUGUGAUGUAGAACUUUUGAAGACAACAGCAAGAGAUCGUGAAGAACUUAAAUGCAUGCUGGAAAAGUAUGAGCGUCAUUUGGCAGAGAUUCAGGGUAAUGUGAAGGUUCUUACAUCUGAAAGAGACAAGACCUUUCUUCUUUAUGAACAGGCACAGGAAGAAAUUGCCCGACUUCGAAGAGAAAUGAUGAAAAGCUGUAAGUCUCCUAAAUCAACAACAGCACAUGCUAUUCUUCGGCGGGUAGAGACUGAAAGAGAUGUUGCCUUCACUGAUUUACGAAGAAUGACCACGGAACGAGAUAGUCUGCGGGAAAGACUAAAGAUUGCUCAAGAAACAGCAUUUAAUGAGAAGGCUCACUUGGAGCAGAGGAUAGAGGAGCUGGAGUGCACAGUUCACAAUCUUGACGAUGAACGUAUGGAGCAAAUGUCAAAUAUGACUUUGAUGAAGGAAACCAUAACUACCGUGGAAAAAGAAAUGAAAUCACUAGCAAGAAAGGCAAUGGAUACUGAAAGUGAACUUGGUAGACAAAAAGCAGAGAACAAUUCUUUGAGACUUUUAUAUGAAAACACAGAAAAAGAUCUUUCUGAUACUCAGCGACACCUUGCUAAGAAAAAAUAUGAGCUACAGCUUACUCAGGAGAAAAUUAUGUGCUUGGAUGAAAAAAUUGAUAAUUUUACAAGGCAAAGUAUUGCACAACGAGAAGAAAUCAGCAUUCUUGGUGCAACCCUCAAUGAUAUGGCUAAAGAAAAGGAAUGCCUGCAAGCAUGUUUGGAUAAAAAAUCUGAGAAUAUUGCAUCCCUUGGAGAGAGUUUGGCAAUGAAAGAAAAGACCAUUUCAGGCAUGAAGAAUAUUAUUGCUGAGAUGGAACAGGCAUCAAGACAGUCUACUGAAGCCCUAAUUAUGUGUGAACAAGACAUUUCCAGAAUGCGUCGGCAAUUGGAUGAAACAAAUGAUGAGCUGGCUCAAAUUGCCAGGGAAAGAGAUAUCUUGGCACAUGAUAAUGACAAUCUCCAAGAACAAUUCGCUAAAGCUAAACAGGAAAACCAGGCACUGUCCAAAAAAUUGAAUGACACUCAUAAUGAACUUAAUGACAUAAAACAGAAAGUCCAAGAUACUAAUUUGGAGGUUAACAAACUGAAGAAUAUAUUAAAGUCUGAAGAAUCUGAGAACCGGCAGAUGAUGGAUCAGCUCCGAAAAGCCAAUGAAGAUGCUGAAAACUGGGAAAAUAAGGCCCGUCAAGUAGAGGCAGAAAACAAUACCCUCAAAUUGGAACUUAUCACUGCUGAGGCAGAGGGUAACAGAUUAAAAGAAAAAGUAGAUGCCCUCAACAGAGAGGUUGAGCAACAUUUAAAUGCAGAAAGGUCUUAUAAGUCCCAGAUUUCUACCUUACAUAAGUCUGUCGUAAAGAUGGAAGAGGAGCUUCAGAAGGUUCAGUUUGAGAAAGUGUCUGCCCUUGCAGAUUUGUCUUCUACAAGGGAACUCUGUAUUAAACUUGACUCAAGCAAAGAACUUCUUAAUCGACAGCUGGUUGCUAAAGAUCAAGAAAUAGAAAUGAUGGAGAAUGAGUUAGAUUCUGCUCGUUCUGAAAUAGAACUCCUCAGGAGUCAGAUGACAAAUGAGAGAAUCUCCAUGCAAAAUCUAGAAGCUUUGCUGGUGGCCAAUCGAGACAAAGAAUAUCAGUCUCAGAUAGCACUUCAAGAAAAAGAAUCUGAAAUUCAGCUUCUUAAAGAACACCUUUGUUUGGCAGAAAAUAAAAUGGCCAUCCAGAGCAGAGAUGUGGCUCAGUUCAGAAAUGUCGUAACACAAUUGGAAGCUGAUUUAGACAUUACCAAAAGACAACUAGGGACAGAGCGCUUUGAAAGGGAGAGGGCUGUGCAAGAACUUCGCCGCCAAAAUUACUCAAGUAAUGCCUAUCAUUUGAGUUCUACAAUGAAACAAAAUGCAAAAUGUCAUUCACCAGAACGUGCUCACCAUCGAUCUCCUGACCGAGGCCUAGAUCGAUCGUUAGAAGAGAAUCUUUGCUAUAGAGAUUUCUGACAUGUGAAAAGAUUCCUCACAUCCUUGGGAAAGAUCAAAGUUACAAACCGAUUUUUUUGCUAUAUGAUUGCAUUUAUCUUUUGAAUGCUUGACAAUCUUGAAUGUAUUUAUUGACUUUGUGUCUCUGAAUCUCUGUUUUCAUGUGCCAUAUCGCAGUGAUCUGAGAUGACUUAUAAAAACAAAAACGCAUAUGGCUCUUUCUAUCCAUACAGUAAUAGUGAGUGUAAAAUCUGCUUACUUCACUAUUCAGCACUGUUAUGUUAACUAUCCGGAGUAAAUAAAGAAGCUUAUAAAAA